AUGCCCUCGUCGGUCAUAUUCAUUCCCAAAAUCACUAAUGGAAGGUGGGAAGAGACAGUUCCACAAGAUGCAAAUAUACUUAAAGCAAAGCAGAUGAUGCAAUAUUAUCUUCGAGGGUGCCUUUAAAGGAGAAUUAGUAUCCAGUUUAUCAGAAAAUUUCUUGAAUUACGAUCGGUUCUUAGUCUAAAGGUUUGCAGUGCUGCUUGCCGAAGCCCAUGUGCGGAGCCUCGUUGUGUGUUGUUGAUAUCCUGAUGGAAGGAGCCCUAUCAAUCGAGAUCUAGAAUGUGAAUUUACGUGUACUGCCGCGAAGUUGAAUUCUGCCAAAGACAGGCUAUAUCUCAAUAUGAAUCAAACCUAAAUGCUGAUUCUAGGUCAAGGUGCAAAUUCAGGAAGAGAACUUGGCUAGCAGACACGAUCAUGCCGCGUGAAGGAAAAAAGUUUACCAUACCGAAAAAGGCAGUCACUCGUGAGCUUCUUGAAAGAUGUGAUGAAAACUCUAGAGAGUACAAAAGUAUUUCAGCAGAAAUUGAGCAUUCUUUAUGGAAUUCAAAGUGUGGUUUGCAGAUCAACAGUAUUGAAAGAGUCAACAAUGAACAACUUGUUUCUCAGUUCAAUCAAAAGAAGCUUGAAAUGCAGAAAGAAAGUACAUUAAGACAGCAGAUGAUAUAUGGCUUCAAAACAGUUGAUAAUCAUGAUCAGGCAAAGAAACUUUGCAAGACAGGCCUGCUGACAGGUAACGACACCAAGGUAACUUGCCUUGGUGAUCCAGCUUGUGGUGUAUACCUCUCUCGGUGUGCUGAUGUGUUGAGAAGGUUCCCUCUGAAAUACAAUAAGCAGAUGAUCAUGGUUGUCUUCCAAAUCAUCAAAGGUCGAAUUUUGUCCAUUGCUGAGCAGCAUGGAAACAGUGGGGACCUUAUAGAGCCAACACCGGACCACGAGGGACACAUUUCAAGAGAUUUUAGAAAGACAGAACCGAAAUCUGUCAAAAACCCAAGCGCUUAUUCAAGAAUUUUUGACUCUUGUCAGAUCUACCUUUAUGAGAUGAACAAUGAGCUGGAAGAGUUCUACGUCAAAAGGCCGAGGCACUGUGUUCCGUAUGCAGUUGUUUUCUAUAGACUUAUCCAAGAGUCACCACCAGAACUGUUGGCUGCUGAAAUAAUCUCUAAGGUGCCAGUGCAAAGAUCCAUAGAAACAAAUGUACCAAUAGCGAAACCUAGGCCAGAGUCUUCAGAAAACGAUGAGCGCUAUUAUAAGGAAUUGGAGAAUUCCCUAACCGUCUGGACAGGAAAGCUGUAUAACAAAUCGACGAUUUUGACUGAUGUGAAGAUUAUAUGCCAUACCAAAGAAUUCUCUGGUCAUUUGCCUAUAUACAGCAACAACUUGACCUUGCGGAUGAAAAUGAAGCUCUCAACUCUGGAGGAGGCACUGCCCCAUUCAUUGUAUACUUCACCGCCAUUGAACUCCAAGUGUCCAAAAGUUCUGAAGAGAGGAAGAGAGUACCUGCAUUGUGAAAUGUGGCCGCAAAAUAAUCGGAGUACGAAAUUUGCGUUGCUGAAGAGAACAUUGAAGAAGAGAUCAGAGGUCUUGGUGUUAAAACUGCCACAGGGAUACGAUUUGUACAUUUUUCCAACGGGCAAUUUGACAAAAAGGCUCGGGAUAACACUCGAAGGAUAUCCGGAAACACUACAUCUAUUGUUUUCUCGCAAAACCUUUGACGAGCACACAAUUUUACGAGAGAAUCACAAGUUCUUAAAAGACGCUCGAUUGAUACUCGACUCAAGGCUUUUAGAACUUGAGAAACUUAAACUGACAACACCAGUUGCUGUGCCUCCUCCUGUAGUCGAUGUCAAUGAUUCGGAAUCUCCUUUUGAUGACGAGAAUGAAUGGACGGAAUACCCUUUAUUUUUUUCACUUCUUGAAAAGAACGAAAUAACGACCAGGAUUCAACGCGCCAGAUAUGCAGCUGAUAAAGAAAUGAUUUUGUCUGAAAAGCAGAGAUACAAGCCGAUUUUCAAAACUCCGUAUUUUACAACAAAACCAGGAGGAAUUCAGCUGCUCAGCUCAGGGUCUGAUCAUCAAGAGACCUCGAGACAUAUUCACGAAGAUUUACAUGCACAACACAAGCAAGACAUUGGGAAGCGUACUGACCCAAGGUAUAUUGCGCGCUCAAAAUCAAGUUCAAUUUCUGCAUCUCAUCCUUCGGUACCGGUUCCAUAUUCCCAUGUUCCUCAAGCUUUGUCACAUGCUGCAAAAAACAAGCAACCAAAAGACCCAAGGAUGCAGCAUUUCAUGCGCAACAAAAGGUCAGUUAGUUACAGCGGGGUUGAUCAGGACAGAAUGCACUUUGGUAGAAAUUCUGCAACAUCCCAUGGUAGUGUGGAAACCUUGACAAGAACCAAUGCGUUAAAACAGGCUGAGGGUAAAUCAAGACCUGAUGUAAUUUCUGAUAGGUCAGAUCGACUGCACGUUGUGAGUGCAGUAGGUUCUAAUGUUGACUUUGCGAGUUCCGAUUUACCUCCAGACAUACAAUACGACUCGGUAUCUCAAACCUUAGCUACUAAUCUUCGUACUGAGAUGCCUAGGCCCGCAUCACAUGCCGGUCAUAUUUUAAGGGAAACUCGUUAUACUGAAAAAAGAUUCAAGAGUGCAAGUGGCAACACACAUGGAGAUGAAGAUAUUCAUCCUGCGAACAGGGGGUUGGAAAAUUGUCCUGAUAGUUUUAGUGCAAAAGGGCUCCACUCCUAUUAUAAACAAAUAUCUGAGCCGACUUCCCAAAUGGUUAAUAUUUCUAGAGAAGCUGGGUUUACACCGCGCACAGAAGCUGAAAAAUAUCCCAGGGAUGAAGAUCUUCAUUAUGAAAAGGAGAGAUCGGAAAAGCAGUCUGACAGAUUCAGUGCAAAAGGGCCCCAUCCUUAUCAUAAACAGAUUGCUGAGCCUUCAUCGCAGAUUGAUUGCGUUUAUAAAGACAGUCGUUAUCCGUUGCAAUCAGAAACUGAAAGCGGAAACAAGGAUGGAACCGAUAAUAGACACAGAGAUUCAGAGCGUUAUUACAACAGUGAAAGGUUUGGCAAGCCUUAUACUAGCUUUGUUGCUAAAGGAUCUGCCUAUAGCCAUAAUCAGGUAUCUAGAGUCUCAUCAUAUGUAGACAGCAUUUCUAGAGGAGCUGUUCUUCAAUCGCAAAAAAAGAAAUCUGGGACCGAAAAUAAACACUUUGAUGAACCUGAAUAUAGACACAUGGAUGUAGAUCUUUAUCCUGAAGAUGAGGCAUUGGAAAAGCGCCAUACCAGUUUUGAUCCAAAAGAGCUUCCUCUAUAUCGUGAAAAGAUAUCAGAGCCUUCAUCUUUGUUGGAUGGUGCUUCCAGAGAAAGUGGUUAUCCGUCCCAAUUAGAAACUGAAAAUAGACUCAAGGAUGGAAGCGAGAAUAACUAUAGAGAAGCAGAUCUUUAUCGUGAAACUGUGAGGCUGGAAAAUCGCCAUCGCAGCUACGCCAAUCAAUGGUCUGUUUCUAAUACGGAUACAAACGAAAAUUGGGAAACUCAUUCAGAUACUUUAUAUACAGAGAAAAGUUCUACUCCAACAAUAGUUGAAGCAAAGAAAAUAAUGGCUACUGAAAAGCCAAGAGACCCACGCCUUAAGCUUAGUAUUCCAAAGAUAUCCAGUGAUAAUACCCAGGCACUAGAAGCCACUAAAGCGGUCAGUAGUGACAUACCAGACAAUAUUCCAUUGUCAAGUAUUUCUGCUGGUGGCACAUCGAGUGAGGCAUGUACAUCGGUGUCUCAUACGACUUCUGCGCAGAGUGUGUUAAACAGUCAGAAUUUGAAAGCUAGUAGUGAAAGAGAUGAAGAAAAGACUAAGGAGAAGGUUUCCAAACCGCCAGUAAAAGACCCGGCAAAGGAACCUCGGUCGUCACAGAGUUAUGAGCCUAAGAAAUCAAUGGAUGGAGUACAAAGCAAAGCAGAAGAGAAUGGUGCGAUUCAGACUGGUAAGCCACUGGGUUCAAAAAAGCUUGACAAAGGUGCAGGCUCCAGAUUUUCCACCAGUCAUUUUUGGAAACAAAGCAGUAUUGCCUCACCACAAACAGAAGGUUUACAACAGAGUGGCCAAAAUCAAGAUCAGAAUCAAAUUAAAGCUCCCUCAGACGUCCUUACGGCACCGCAAGUGACACUACCCUUAUCCGAUGCAAAAGCGACAGUACAUGUAGGCAAUAAGGUUGAUGGGUAUGAAAAUGCUAGAAAAAGUUCAGAAAAAGACCAACAAGCUUUACCGCCACCUCCAUUACCACCAGUACUUCGUAAUCUGCUGUCAGUGUCACCGACUACAGAUUCACAACCAGACAUCCCCAAAGAAAGUGACCCUGGAAAAUCACAAAGCGUAUUGUAUCCGGCAUUUAUUGCAACCCCACCAAUUCAAACUGCAGCUCUCGUGCAAGCUGCUAGAGCUUCUGCCCUAUCCACUGUUCCCAACCAUCCGAUUGUUAGAGAACUUACUCAACGAGGAGUUUUGCCAGGUUUUACUAAGGGGAAUGCAUUGAACAACGCUGAACAGAUAUUAUGUUCAGGUCUGGCACCGAAUAUCCCAUCCAUUCCACUGCCCGCACCCCCAGCGCCGACUGCCUUUAUGCAGAGCUUUAACCUUGUUGAUCCCCUGAACCGUAGUACCAAUUCACAUGUUGGUUCGACUUUCGAAGUGUCUACAUCAAAAAUUGGUGAAUUUGUCAGGUCGCAUGAAGACGAUAAAACUGCGCUAACAGGAGUUGAUUGUGCUGGCAAGACAAGCGGUAUUGCUACAGAAAAGAAGGUAGAGAAUGCAAGUGUGCUACCUGUUGACAGUCAACCUUCAACUGAACUGAGAAAGAAAGAAGGCCGGAAAGGUCUUGAAUAUGCUGGAGUAAGUGAUCAAGAUCCAAGCAGCCACGACGAGACGAUGAAGAGAGAGCAAAUUGAUCAGAAUGGGCGUGACAGUCAGCGCAAAAAAGACCCAGUGAACGAUGCUAGAUUAGUUUUCAAUGACCGGACAUUGUCUGGUCAGUUGAGAACGGCAUCAGGCUCGGCAGAAAUGCCUGUUAAUGAAGAAAGAGCGGGAAAGAUAAAGGAUUCUGUAGAAGCCUCUCAAAAUGAUUCAAAACAGAACAAAAGCCACAUCUCUAAUGAAGACACUAACAGCGAAAGAUGCACCAGUUUGAGCAGUGAUGUCUCUACAGAUUCUAGUAGGACAGAGAAGUCUCAAUUAAAUAAGCGACGAAUUCAGCAUGACGAGCACCCAACAGAAGAAAGUUUAGAAGAGGAUAAAAAUCAUUCUCAGAAGCCAAAACUCAGUGGCUCGUUGAAAGACAAAGACAAUAUUCUCAUAACAGUUAUUUCAAGUGAUAAAGAUACAUCCAAUAGGGGAAUGAGUCAGGGUAAGGAACGGGUACCUGUGGUUGCUCCACCCAGUGGGAAGGAAGAUUUGCGAAAGAAAAUAAACGAAAUUAGAGAAGAGAGAAUUAAAAAACAGGCAGGUUUGCACGGCCCAGGAGAGAUCAGUGACGGUAACGAUCAUGGUGAAAAUGCUGAAAAGGUUGCUGAAUUAAAACAAGAUAGUGUUUCAGAUAGCUCUCUAAGAAAAGAAAAGAAGUCACGAAGGGUUGUAAGGGAAGGAAGGAAGAGAAGGCGAAGUAGAUCGAGAAGUGGUGACGGACAAAGAAGCUCGUCUUCGUCAUCAAGAACGAAGGCAACUCACAAAAGCGUCUUUAGAGAUUCUCGAAGAAAUGAUAGAGCCGAUAGAAGUUAUGACAAAGAUUACAGGCGAGAAAGGAGCCCUGAGGGAUCCCGCUAUUACAGUAGUAGCGAGAGAGAGUCUCCUAAAGGUAAAUAUAAACGUGGCAGAGAAAAAAGGCGUCGACGAAGUUCUUCAUUAUCCCUAUCAGAUUCAGCAAGUGAUCUUAGUCCAUUGAGCAACAAGCGUUCUAAGACGUCUUCUAGACCAGCAGAACCAGACUCAAGACACCCACAAGUCUGCAAAGAUGACGAAAAGAAAAUCCCGGCUGGUGCUUCUGCAAGUGGCAAUAUCAUGGAUGUACAACCUAUACCUACUAUAGAGGAAAUGGUGGCAAAGAGUGCAUUGAAAGGACUAGAAAGCAACGUUAAAAACACCGCGACGGCGGUUCCUUUUGUGCAAAAUAACGUGGUAGUCCCCCCGCGCGGACAAACGACCUCUGUGAAUUGGUAUGAUACGGAAGAGGUAAUGAAGUAUGGUGUCAACGAAGAUGCGUUGAGUAAUGCUCCCAAAGCAAAUAAUACAAAGGUGCCUGAGCAAAAGACACCUGAUAAACAUGAAGCAUCUACCGUCAACUACAAAGCCAAAGAAGCUGGGGAAGGUGUGGUUUCAGAAGACCAAAUUUUUGAUGAAAUUUACAGCCCGUCAUCCCCAACAGGCGAUUUCGAUUUUAGCAGACCAGCAAUUCCUGAUCUCGUAAUUCUACCAAACCACGCUUUCGAUAUAAGAAAACCACAAACCGUUCAUGGACAUUCUGCCAAGGUACCAGGCAAAGGUUGGUUGGCCACGGUGGGGGAUUCGCAAGGUUAUGGAGAUGGUAAGGCGGAAGAAGCAGAAUGCACCGCCACUGUUGAUAUGGAAAUAUCGGACGGUGGAGGUUCGCAAGAUAGUAUCUCAAGCGCCUCUAAACGGCGAAAGUCUUUUGACAGCGAGGACGAAAGCCAGGAAAAAGCCGAUGAAAUGAGUACUCCUGAUGUCGAGGCAGAUAAUUCCCACGGACCAUCAAUAAUUAUGCAAAGUUUGAUGUCAUCAUCACAGAACGCGGCAAAGGUGCUGUCGAAGAAUCUCGUCAUUCAAACUGGCCAACAUUCAACCCCAAUCUCAGGCGGUAUUGGUAAACAUUUAGAAGCAGCCGUCUUUUCCAAAGAAACUUUGCCGAAUCACACAAAAGAUCGCUACAAGCAGCAAGAAAAUAACGAUCUUUCCAGCCCUAGUCAGACUAGUUCAAUCUCCAAAGGUGUUCCAGUUCCUCUUUGGGAAGAUUCCAGUGCUUCAGAAAAUCGCACCCAAAUUUCCACGGAAAAAUCUGUUGUACGUGUCAGCUGUAGCACUAACAUUGUGCCGGUAGAAACGUCUUCGUUAGACAGUGAACAAAGAAAAGAAUUAGAGAAGAACUUGAUCCGCAAAGAGAAGAGUGGCUCCCUGUCCCGUCCUUGGAUAGGUACGCCAUGGAUGGACUCUCACUUUGUUCCUUCUAGCGAGUCGCAGCUAUUAAGAAAAUCUAAAGAUAGUACUGCUAAAAGUGUGAAGGAUGCGAAAGGAGAAUCCCGUUUGGAAAGCAAAGAUUCAAGCCAGAACCAAGGUACUACGACCAGGAAGAAUGGCCAUAGCAAACCUAGUGAUUCUUCUUUGAAAAGCAGGUGGGACGUAAAUGGUGGGAAAACUUUAAAGAAAACCGAAACUGUUACCGUGUCGAAACCAGCAGCUGCAAUCAACAUAACAGGCCACGUUAAAAAUGCAGGUGUUUUGAGUUCUUCUUCAAUUUCCUCGCCCAGUGGAAAGAGCAACGCUCCUGUGCAAGUGGAGUACAUUUAUAAGAAAGGGGCGGGUAACCGGGUAGGAACUGACCAAAGCGUUUAUCAAGCUCAAUCUACCAAUGAGCCCCAAAAUAGCCAUUUUACACCAUCAGGGUCCGAUAUGGAUUUGUCUUCAAUAGACAGUGAUGGCUGUGAUGAUGAGAUUAAUGAUAAAGCCACAUGUAAUGGAGCCAUUGUCCAAUUGCCAACUGACAAGCACGUCAACCAAGCUCAAUCAAGCAAUGACCCUCGUCUUGCCAAUUCCGGCUCAGACAUGGAACUGUCUCCGUACGAAGAAGAAAGCAGCAUUGAUGGAAAAGCUGACACAGCCUUGGCAACUGUAGAAGAAUUAUUCGAUGGAGAUAGAAGCAUAGGACAAUCAGUGACUCUGAAUAGAAGUUCUGAAAUUUGUCCACUGACAGGCAACCAAAGGCAUGGGAGAGUAUUUCCCAACUUACAUACGUUAGGCCAUAUCCACUGUGCUAAAUCAAAACUAUUUGAUAAAGCUGUCACCGAUGUUUUCAAAAGCUUAGAAAGCCGAAUAUUUAAGCUAAAAAUGAAAAAGUAAUAUAAUUCGAAGAGGAUUGAACAUUUGUAGAUGUAUUCUUGUUUGCCCUAAUAGGCCCAUUUUCACAGUUUUGCUUCAGUUUGUCAGCGCUGACGCUGCUGAGUUUUAUAAUGUUUGAAUUUUAUGAACGUUGUUAGUAUUCUUGUUCGGUAGGAUUCCCCCAAUUCAUGGCAAGAGUUGUAUCUUUUCAGAGAAACCUUGGAAAAGCCAGUCAUUAGCUAGUUCCUGCCCCUCUGAUUUUACUUUCUACCAAUUCUGUAGAAGCCAAACUUGCAUUUUUAGAAUCACCUUUCGUAAACAAUUCAUGUUUCUACUAAAUUUACCAAAUAAUUUUUUGGCUGAUGUUCCAUGCUCUGAAACAACUGUCAUUUUCCAGCAUCUUAACAAUCCUUCUACUCAGGUCCAGUUUAUAUUGAUAGUGAAAAUCUUACAUAUUUUAAAAAGGUUGAAUCUAAAUAACUUCAAGCUCCAUUAUAAUACCUAGGCCCCGUUCACACUUGACCGGAUGGCUAUCAUUGCCUAAUAAAUCGAACAAUCCGCAGGGGAAUUUCGAUCUCGACUUACAACAAAAACAUUCAUUUUUCUUGCAAUUUAUUUCUUAUUAAUCUUGUUUUGAACAGAAUUUCUUUCCAAUAAUACCCCUCAAGUUUCCGUUGGAAAUAGUCUUUUACACAUUCAAACGAUUUACAGCUCUCGUCUACUGAAGAAAGUUGUAUACACAAAAUAAGUUUUUCUGUAGUUUCGACACAACUUUGUUGUGGAGUAUCAAUACUUUGAAUAUACUUUUUACAGUUUUACAAAAAUUAAGUAGAUUCGCUAAUGGCAGAUUUAAUGCCAAACAAAUAGAAAAACGUUUGGAUUAAUGUGGGGGUUGCUAUGACAACAACCUAUGUACCUGGUAUGGUGUGACCGAAUAAGCAGUCUGGUGCGGUUGAAUAGAAAGCAUCGUUGUACGGUAUUAUGCCAACGGAGUCCUAGGUUGCUCAAAGCCCACUGCGGAAUAAAAUGUUUCUUAUAUAUGAAAGCACUUUCGUUGCGAUAUUUUAAUGUAAAUUUGCCACCUUUACCUUGCUUUUUAUAUCUUGAUUACCAUACGUCAUAUGUGCGCAGUUUUAUGCUGUUAUGUUAUUGCAUAUUUGUUAACUGCUUUUACAACACACGUGUUCUUGAUUGUUUAGGGCUCCAUGUAAAUAAGGUUGUCGUUUAUAUGGUUUUGCGCAGAUCUUUAGUUGUUCCCUAUCGCAAGGUGUUAUUGUCAGAUUUGGCCUUCAAUUGAAAAAAUAGUAACCAGAUGUUCAAAUUUUAUUC